AUGGUAGAUUUUCCAAGUCGUGAAAGAGGUACAGCCCUACCCCGCCCCCGUCCCACCGUUCUGAACUCGAAUGACAAAGGAAAGCAGCGAGCGGUGUCCGAGUCCGAGUAUGAUCCUGAGGAGGAAGAACGCCAAGACCCUUCUGAAGAGGACGAUGUCGACGAGCCAGAAGAUGAUCUAGAAGAUAUUGACCAGCCAGAUGAUGAUCUCAUGUCGGAAGAUGAUCAUUUCAGCGGCAAGGAGGCGUCCCGCAACAUUGAUCGACUCUUGGAAGACUUAGAAAUCCCUGAUGCGGAUCCAUACCGUUCUGAGGGUGAUGACGAAAUGUCGAAUCACGGAGAAAGCGAACGUUGGAAGCGGCUCGAACAAAAUCAAAAACGAACUGACCAAAACGUAUCUCAAAUAGCAACUGCUGUCCGCGAUAUGGCCGAAGCGAUGAAACAGAUGAGGCGCGAUUUUUCUGUGGGGCCAGCUAAUCGGGCACGUGGAACUCAAGCUAAGAAACCACAAGGCGGCGAUUUUUUGCGUCGAAUACGACGUCAUAUCUGGACGCUAAUGGGAUUGAAGAAUGAGGGCCGGGUGCCUCCUAGCGCAAGCGAACAAGAACGGUCUCGAUGGAAGCGAAAAAUACCAAAAAACUUUGUCAACUCGAAUCUGGAUUUGGAAGAAGAAGAAGAGGUGGAUGAAGAGAGGGAUCCGCGUUUUCCUUACCGAGGCGGACCUGGGGGCGAAGACUCUAACCCACAGGUUUUACUAAUUAUGUGGAAAAUGAUGACGAGUGUUGGUGUAAGAUCCUUUCGACCUAUCUGGGAGGACAAGAUGAGCUCUGCGGAAAACAAGUUCCUGUGGCAACUAGCCACUGCGAUCUUCAUUCGGUUGGUGCAAUGUGGCGAAUACGAUGAUGUGACUAAUGGCGAAGCCAAGUCUUCGGUGGUGUAUACUGCUCUCACAAAACAUGCCCGACAGAGACUACAACGAAGCUUUCGCGAGUACAAUUCCAUGUCGAGAGGCGAACUGGAGGCCCGUCACAAGCAUGGGAAUCGACACAGUAGGUUGAAUGUGUGGAAAACUCGCAGAUGUACAAUCGCUACAGGUUUAAAUGGAAUGUGGGGACUGUGUCCUCUCAUCCAGGCGGCUACAAGUGACGACGAGACAGACGACGAUCAAGAUCUUCCAGCUGACAAACAGAAACGUUGCAGAGUCCUUCGGUUGCCAUGGCGGAGUCCCGCUCUGGAGGAUCUUCUAGUAAGACUCGACGUCUACCAAGAUACCAAGAAAAAAGCAAGUCCGAAGGGGACGCGUGGAGCCAAGCCUCGAAUCAGGUUGCGUGAAGAUGAUGAGGACAGAAAGGAAAGUCAAAUUUCGGCUCCAGCCGGUCUGCCUAUAGAUUGCUAUUCUGUAGAUUGGCUCUCCACGUUGGAUCCCACAGAACGUGAAGAUCUGGAAAUUGAAGAAGAACCAGCACUGGCAGCCUUUCAAAGGCGGGCACGAGUGCUCGGCGUGUGA